AUGGCUCCAAAACUCGAUCCCAAUGAGGUGAAGAUCAUCCACCUCCGAGCCACUGGAGGUGAGGUCGGAUCCUCAGCAACUCUUGCUCCCAAGAUUGGUCCUCUUGGUCUCUCUCCCAAGAAGGUCGGUGAAGAUAUCGCCAAAGCCACUGGUGACUGGAAAGGUCUCCGCGUCACCAUCAAGCUCACCAUCCAGAACCGACAAGCUGCUGUCUCUGUCGUCCCUUCUGCCUCCUCCCUAGUCAUUAGAGCGCUCAAGGAGCCACCUCGAGACCGCAAGAAGGAGAAGAACAUCAAGCACUCCAAGUCGAUCCCUCUCGAUGAAAUCAUCGAUAUCGCUCGCACGAUGCGCGGUGCCAACAAGUCGUUUGCUCGUGAGCUGAAGGGUACCGUUCUUGAGAUUCUGGGCACAGCUUUCAGUGUUGGCUGUCAGGUCGAUGGUCGAUCACCAAAGGACAUCAGCGAUGACAUUAAAGAUGGUAACAUUGAGAGUGAGUGCCAAAGCCGUGUGCAGCGCUUUCACCGCUAA